AGGAUCGAGAGCCAGGGUGCUUGCAAUUGCUGUGUGAUGACAGGUGGUCAAUUCUGCUCUAUUGCUCCAUGGUCGACCGGUGUCUGCUGCGUGCUGGUUGUUGGGCAGAAAUACUUCCAUGAGGCCACUGGUAUGUGGGGAACUUGCUAGUGGUGGCACUGUGUUAUGUGACACAUGACUGUACACAUAUCAUAGAACUACAGUGUUUGCAACACAACACAGAUAAUCAGACCGGUGUUGUUUCUGAGUUCACUCUUCAAGACCACAGUUCUUCAAGACCAAAGUUCUUCAAAACCAAAGUUCAUCAAAACCACAGUUCUUCAAGACCAAAGUUCUUCAAGACCAAAGUUCUUCAAGACCAAAGUUCUUCAAGACCAAAGUUCUUCAAGACCAAAGUUCUUCAAGACCAAAGUUCUUCAAGACCAAAGUUCUUCAAGACCAAAGUUCUUCAAGACCACAGUUCUUCAAGACAGUUCUUCAAGACCACAGUUCUUCAAGACCACAAUUCUUCAAGACAACAGUUCCUCGGUUUGUUGUUUUAACAGCAAACUACAUGUGGGUUUAUUUACAUGAAAGUUUAAACCACUGACCCCUACGGUGUAAGGUUCAACCCACACUGCAACUUCCUAGUUUACAAUACCCUACAUUGGUCCACUUCAGCAAUGCGUUCUUUGGUAUGCUGAAGUUUGUAUCUUUGGAACACACCAACGCGUGACGUUGUCGACCGUCACCACUGCUUGUCACUCCCCACCCCAACCUCGGCCAUGUGAACCACAUCAUCACAUGUUAUGAAAGUUUCAUGAGUCAUUCAUGUGAUCUGUGGUGCUGCUGACGACAGUCUCAACCGCAUCAUCCAGGCCAAACUCCUCUAGUACACGGCUGAUGUAAAUAAUGCACACACAUGCAAUCUACGUCAUUUGCUGCAGUACUGUACAGAGUCAGUGACUGAAGACAAAAUCUGUAUUACGGCGUACUCCAGCCACUUGUCCAUGAGUGAGAGAUUGGAUGGACUUGAUUGAAGCAAGCGUGCUGUAGAGAAUGCAGUGAUUUAUCGUACAGCGGCUAAUCAUUAUUCUGACUUGGCUGGUGAUGGAAAUAAUGUGAAGCAGAGAGUCAAUAACAUAAAUUGGUAUAAUUGAGAUGAGCAGAACCCAGCCUUGGGUAGUCAUCAGAUGUCACACAGCCUCUCGGGAGCUUUUCGUUUUUAAUGAGUUUGCGGUUGCUCAAUAGUCAUGGAGUCAACAGUACUUCACCUUGCUGUAAUAUGGAGUGUUGCAUGCAUUAAUGUAUGCAUUGCAAUCAAUGACACAUCAGGGUCUUCACUUCUUGCCAGUAUGUCAACUCAGAUCCUUCAUCAACCAACCAUCUUGCCUUCAUCAAGGACAACUCAGCAUCCGUCCCAAAUUCCCACGCUGUACCCCACACCGUACCCCACACCAACUCCUUCAAUGACCACGCUGUCACACUUAGCAACAGUACUCCACACCCCUACCCCAUCGCCUACUCACUCAGCAAGACUAAUAACAGGGGUAUCAUCGGGGGGAGUGGAUCUCCAACCAACUCAAAUGAUGAAUUCAUCACUAUCCACGUCUGCGCCAUUCCCUCCCCCUCCCAUUCCACCCCCAUUCCCAACUCCUAUCUUAAACAGAACUGAGAUUUUUUCACUGACGUCAAUGCCAUGGCCUACACAUUCGAUUCCGGCUGGUGUCUCAGUAGUAUACGACCUUGUGACGUCAACUGUUUAUGAGACGGCAACGAUAUAUGCGACACCCUCUAGUAUUGCGGUGCCAGGUUCAUCAGCCACACCAGGCAUGACUUCAAGACCCAUGGAGUCUCAGUCGUUUAUGAGCACCCCAGCACCAACACCAAGCAGCUCAUUCACCCUGCCAGUAUCCUCUGCUGUACCAACACUGGGUACCACUCCAACUCAAGCUAACUCCGCAGCAGAUGGAACCACAGGAAGCGUUACAACCAGCCCCACUCUUUUCUUCCCCGUCAAGCUUAUAAUGAUCCUCGACGGGGAGUGCAGCCAUGUCAAAGGUCAAGAGCUUCUCUUCGGAUUGGCGUUCAACAAGUUCAUCGCCGCCCUCCUGGAGAUAGACGUCGGCCGAAUAAGCGUUCAGAAGAUUCGCUGUGGCUCGGUCGUGGUUGACUUCACAGUGGAAGAAACUUCAGAGGAGACCCUAGGAGACAAACUGACCCAUAUGGUGGACGACAAUGAGUAUGGGUUCCAGUUUGACAACCAGAACUUCACUGUGAACAGUGCCGCUGUGAUCAACGUCCCAAAUCAGACCACAAAACCGCCAAGGACCGGAAGGAAUGGGUUAACCUUUGAAGAGGAGCAGCUCUUAAUCUACAUUGUGAUUGGAUCAGCUAUGGGUAUCGUUAUCCUGCUGUCGUUGAUACUUCUCGUUCACCACCGGAUCAGGAAAUCAUGCAGCAGGCACGCCCAGUCCUUUGAUAUCCAAGAAGAGCCUCAUAUAAAACUGUCGGAUUUUAACAUGGCGCACACGUACAUCCCACGGCCGCGCAGCAUCUACGGGUCAAGGCUUAACAAUGGUGCGGAAGGCACGUACCACACCAGCAAUGGGAAUGGCACCUCCGACCAUCAUACUGGAAUGCAGAACCCCCACUACGCUGACGCCGAGGCCGCCAGGGAUCACUACCAUGAGGUUGUAGAUGACAGGGCACCAGCCAUGCAGACUACCAGGCUGAGUCAGGAUUUUGGACGAAGUGCUGUGCCUGAAAUGAACCUGCCACGAUUAGAAGGAGUUUACAGAGCUGGACAGGAUGAGGAACAAAUCAUCAACGACAACUUCCUACGGCCCAGCCUGAGCCGCCGAGGCAGUGACAGCAGCACAGUCACCAGGCUCUCUGCAACAUUUCAUGCCCCGCCCGAUUGUCCACCCACUCCGCCCCUGCCGUCCCCUCCUCGCCUUCCAAGCCCUCCACCGUCUCCACCGCUCGAUCCGCCCACUCUAGAGCUUCCACCGCCCCCUCCUCUUCCUCCUCCCACCCCGACGAUGUUUCAUGAUGGCACACCUCUCGGCGCCCGGCUGUCUGGAAUAAGUAACGGGAGCUCUUCAGAGGCGACCAACUCACUUCACGGAGACGCGAGCUUCCUUUUGUAUAAAGGUUGUGACUACGACCCUCAACCCUCGGGGAUUGACAACCCGUCCUAUGAAACCCCCAACCUCGGGGAUGAUGAAGCACCAAAUGCACAUGGUCAAAGGAUACCAAGCUUUUACAAUAUGCCUCCUGCACCCGUAUAGCUUAAUACCAAAAAGAACAGCAAUCUCAUCAGUACCGAGCCUUUUAUCACAAUAAAUGCAUUUUUACUCAUUUGAGAGAGUACUGUAGAAAUAGAACCCGGAGAACGAGGAGUGUCUCAUUGUAUGUGUGGUUAGGUUGAGAGACCAUUUUUAUGGAUGUGCGCUCGCCAUUUUGUUUUACGCAAAAUAUUUUGCCAUACAGUAGACGUCACAUUGAAACAUGAAAAACAGUACAAACGGUCUAGGUGCGAUGCUAUCGUGCCAUUUUGCCAUACAUGCGUGUCAAGCGACGAUUUAUUUGACAUACACGCAUAUCGCGCCAUAUCGAUACGCAGCGUCCACAGAUGACACAGAGGGCGGCUGACCCCAGCGUUCUUCAGGUUCUAUUUCUAUGGAGAGUACCAAACUUGAGAGUAUACUAUAAUUUGAUUUUUAAUGCACAUAAAAAGCACACUUUAGCGUGGAAUCUCUCUGCAACUGAUUUUAAGAUAUUUUUAUAUUACCGUUUAAGAGGGCUGUUUUUUUCCGCAAUUUGUAAACAGUAUUUUUUACCACUGUGCCUCUGUAGUUUAUGUGUGUGUGACCAAAGCACUACCGUCCACUCACAGAUUAGUCGGGUCUCAAGAGGUUUUAUGAUAAUAAUGGAUGAUACAAAUUAUAAUAAUCUGAAUUUAGUGUUCUUGCUCACUGGUACUUCAAUGCAUUGUAUACAAAAUGUACUUAUGUUUACACAAAGGUGAGGGGUUUGUUUUGUAUAGGAGGUAAUAUUGAAUGACUUAAGGAUUAAAGGGAUGGUACAUGUUUGGUAAUUACUCAAAAUAAAUAUUAACUUAAAAACUGACUUGGUAACGAGCA